AUGGCGCAAGACUUCCAGCAUACAACAGUUUUGCCCUUUGUAUUAAUCGAGAUGAGAACAACACAUCAUCAGUAUCCCAGCAGGAGCUGUGGACUGGCUGCAGUGUGCACCUUCGCUGUUGGCUAUAUUUUAUGGGUGUGCUGGAUUCACCAUGUUACAGGAGUGUGGGUGUACCCACUUCUUGAGCACCUCAGCCCAGGAGUCAAAAUAAUCUUUUUUGCAGCCGUUACCAUAAUAAUUAACAUGUUCUACUUGGUGGGAGAGGUCCUGAACAACUACAUCUGGGAUACGCAAAAAUGUAUUGAAGAAGGAAAAGAAAAGCCGAAGUUGGAAUGAACCAUAAGAGGCAACAUGGAGGAUUGUUUAUAGCUCCAUGGAAGAUUUCUCAUCCCCAACAGAGGUUGGCAUGGAGAGGAGUCUUUUGGAAAGGAGGAGGUUUAAUUGUCCCUCUGCUCAGUGCCAGGAUAUUUUUGGAUUUUAUGUGGAGGGAAAAUGAUUUUAGCUAAGAAUAAUAAUCAUGUUUCAACCUCCAUUUCUUUUUCUCCAUGCUUGCAUGUGACAUACACAUAUAAGAUGUAUAUUUAUCUCCACGACAUUCUCAAUGUGCAUUUCUUGAAUCAAGUAAGUCAUUAAAUCAUAAAGUCAUUAGAUCUUUUUACUUCUGCCAAGAAGAACAAUGAGUCCAUUCUCCAUAUUGUUUGAGAAAAGCUUAACCGGAUAGGUCUAAUACAGGGAAACAAAACAAUCCUAUAUAUUUCAAAGUAUGGCAUAAAAGUUAAUUGCAUGAAUGUAUCUAAAGAACAGUUCAGUCUGACUGAAAUAUUAAUGUGACACUAUGUAACAGCUGCCUUAAAUUUGUGAUGUUAAUAAUUUU